GCUUCCAUCCAUGGGUCUGCUCCCGGUUCGCCCCUCUCCCGGCCAUCUCCGCUUUGCCCCACACCAGCAGCUUCUCGCACCAGCUCUCGACCUCCUCCCGGUCCAAGGACAAGGAGGACAGCCUCCCGCCCCCUCCGCUGUCGCCGGCGUCGUGGGUGGAGAGGUGGCCCCCGGAGGCGGCGCGGCCGCACGCGAUGCUCGCCCGGCUCGACAAGCCCAUCGGCACCUGGCUCCUCGCCUGGCCCUGCAUGUGGUAUGCUUGCUAGCUACUUGUACUGACAUCACCAUCUCUCACCACCAUUGCGUAGAUAGAUUAGCAGGAUCAGCUCACCAAGAGGCUAAAAGAGAGAAUCCUGAACUCACAUUUUCAGAUUUUUAGUUAACAGGUUUAUUCAAUUUUAAAAAAUUUGAGUUCAUGCUCGAUCUCGGGGUUUAGGAAGAAAACAGCACAUUUCAUCGGCACCGCAGCAGCCUGACUGUGAGCCCAGAUGUUAGGCCAGGAAAUAUGAAAAUAUCUGGUUGGCCAAGUUUUGAAAGGAAACAAGCACUUUCUUCCCUUUAUUGACUCACCACUUUUUGUACUGUAUUUAGCAAGUUGAGAAGUUAGGCCAGGAAACACCACCAUAUCUGAUUGACUACAAGUUUUGACAGGAAAACGACCAAUCCACUACCAGUCCAAUUUGGCUGCUCCUCAAAAUUCUGUACUACUACUAUUUAGCUAGGUGACCAGCCACACACACACACACAUACACACAGAGAGAAGAAAAAACAGAAGGCGGAAGCAGCCUUCCAUCCUCUUGCCUACUUCCUGGCAAUGGUGGCCACCGGGUACACUUCCUUGCUCAUGCUGCUUCUCUUCGCAGUUCUUGUCGCCGAUGGUCAGCCAGUCCCCAUGGACAAUGCUGAGGCCGCCACCGACCACUCUGCGCUGGUGUCCAUCAAGUCGCUGAUAACCAGCGACCCGGCAUCAGCACUGGCCUCAUGGGGCGGCAACCGGUCGCUCCCUCUGUGCCGGUGGCGGGGCGUAACGUGCGGCGCUCGUGGGCGCCGUCGUGGACGUGUCGUAGCACUGGACCUCAGCAACCUAGGUCUUUCAGGUGCUAUUGCCCCUUCAGUAGCCAACCUUACCUACCUGAGAAAGCUAAAACUCCCCGUGAACCGUCUCUCCGGUACCAUACCAUCGGAGAUUGGCCGUCUCCUCGACCUCAGGCAUGUCAACCUGAGCCACAACUUCUUUGAAGGUGGCAUCCCGGCAUCACUAUCACAGUGCCAGCAGCUUGAGAGCAUCAGCCUGGAAUACAACAACCUCACCGGCGUAAUACCUCCAGACAUGGGUCAUUUGCCCAGCAUGCGUCGUGUCCAGAUGCAGUACAACAUGCUCAAUGGCCUGAUUCCCCGGUUUUUAGGCUCGUUGCGCGGCCUCCAGGUUCUUGAUCUCUCCUUCAACAAGCUUACAGGAAUUAUCCCAUCAGAGAUUGGCAACCUCACCAAUCUAGUAAGUCUUAAUUUGAACUUCAAUCACUUGACAGGUUCACUUCCUUCUUCUCUUGGUAACCUUCAGAGAAUCCAGAAUUUGUGUGUGAGGGGGAAUCAACUCACAGGGCUCAUUCCACUAUUCUUGGGAAACCUCUCGGCAUUAACUGUUCUUAAUCUUGGAACCAACAAAUUUGAAGGGGACAUUGUGCCACUGCAAGCACUGUCAUCUCUAUCUGUCCUUAUUCUGCAAGAAAAUAGCCUUCAUGGUGGCCUUCCUUCCUGGCUAGGAAACUUCUCCUCACUAGUAUACCUAAGCUUGGGAGCUAAUAACUUAACUGGGGCUAUUCCUGAAUCAUUAGGGAACCUUCAUAUGUUAUCUGCUCGUCUUGUUCUCGCUGAGAACAGUUUUACAGGUAGCAUUCCUUCUUCCCUCGGAAACCUUAAUGCUCUUUCCGAGUUGUAUCUAGAAACGAAUCAGCUCACUGGACAAGUUCCUUCUUCCAUUUUCAAUAUGUCCUCUCUCAGCGUAUUUAAUCUAGCGUUCAACCAGCUAACUGGAUCAUUGCUGAAUGGGAAAAAGGUCAACUUUCCGGUACUUGACAUAUUUGAUGUAGGGGGAAAUAGGUUUCAUGGUGUUAUUCCACCUUGGCUGUGCAACUGUUCUAUGCUUACCAUAAUUGCAGUAGAAGCGAAUAUGAUUUCAGGAACAGUCCCGCCUUGUCUUGGAGAUAACCUGAAAAGUUUGUCAGCUCUGAUCCUUGGACACAAUCAACUACUUGCAAAUGAAGAUGAUGGUUUGGACUUCAUGUCCAGUUUAACUAAUAGCAGCCAUCUGGAGAUUUUAGAUCUCAGCAGCAACAAAUUUCGAGGCGUGCUACCAAAUUCAGUAGCCAAUCUUUCUACAGAACUGUACGCUCUCAGCAUAGCCGACAACAUGAUAAGUGGCAAUAUUCCUGAAGGCAUUGGGAACCUUGUUAAUUUAUCAUAUCUCUUGAUGAACAUCACUCUCGAGGGUACUAUUCCUUCCUCUCUUGGUAGACUCCAGAGGCUGAACUACUUAUACCUGGAUAGGAAUAAUUUCUCAGGGCAAAUCCCACCAACCUUUGGCAAUCUCACAAUAUUGAAUAAACUCUCUCUUGGAUCAAAUUCACUUAGUGGACCUGUUCCAUCCAGCCUUAGGAGCUGUCCUUUGGAACUGUUGGAUCUCCAGCACAAUAAGCUCAGUGGUCCGAUUCCAAAGGAGGUCUUCCUCAUAUCUACCUUAUCUAACUUCAUGUACUUCCAAAGCAACUUGUUUAAUGGGUCACUACCACUGGAGAUUGGUAGCUUGAAACAUAUUACAAACAUCGAUUUGUCUGAUAAUAGAAUUUCUGGUGAAAUUCCUACCUCUAUUGGUGAUUGUCAAAGCCUGCAAUUUUUAAGGAUGCAAAUGAACUUCCUUCAUGGUGGAAUCCCGGCAACAAUGGGGCAGCUGAAAGGCCUUGAAAUACUUGAUCUUUCACAUAACAACUUGUCUGGAGAAAUUCCUGAGUUUCUUGGGAGAAUAAAAGGCCUUGGUAAUUUGAACCUGUCGUUCAACUACUUUGAAGGCGAGGUCCCAAAAUAGGGAAUAUUUCUUGAUGCGAAUGCAACUGCAGUUGAGGGAAAUCAAGGACUGUGUGGGGGUAUCCCUGCAAUGAAGUUGAAUCCCUGUUCCAUCCUGACCACCAAGAAACGGUCCUUCAAGCUUAUCAUGAUAAUCUCCAUAAGCAGUGCAGUGCUGUUGAUUAUCUUCAUUUUAGCACUGUUCACUUUCUGGUACAGCAGGAGCAAGUCACACCAAGCUAACGCAGACCUGUCACCCAUCAAUGACUUGCAUAUCAGAGUAUCUUAUGCUGAAUUAGCCAGUGCAACUAAUGGUUUUGCUUCCGAGAACCUCAUCGGAGUAGGAAGCUUCGGCUCGGUGUACAAGGGAAGAAUGGUGAUCCAUGAGCAGCAGGUCAUUGUUGCUGUGAAAGUGUUCAACCUCCAACAACGUGGUGCGUCUCACAGUUUUCUUGCAGAAUGUGAGACCCUGAGAUGUGUUCGACAUCGAAACCUUCUGAAGAUCUUAACAGUCUGCUCAAGUAUGGAUUUUCAGAGCCAGGAUUUCAAGGCUCUUGUGUAUGAAUUUCUUCCGAAUGGAAAUUUAGAUCAAUGGAUACACAAGCCUCUUGAGGAAAAUGAAGACACGGUGCUAAAUCUCAUCACAAGGCUCAACAUCGCCAUUGAUGUGGCUUUUGCACUGGAUUAUCUUCACCAACACAGGCCAUUGCCAAUUAUUCACUGUGAUCUCAAGCCAAGCAAUAUUCUCCUUGACAAUGACAUGGUUGCUCAUGUUGGUGACUUUGGCCUUGCAAGAGCCCUGCAUCAAGAUCAGAGUAAUUUGUUAGGAGAAUCAAGUGGCUGGGCUGCCAUGAGAGGAACAAUUGGCUAUGCUGCUCCAGAGUAUGGUCUGGGCAACGAGGUUUCAAUCCUGGGUGAUGUGUAUAGCUAUGGUGUAUUGUUGCUGGAGAUGUUUACCGGGAAAAGACCAACCGACGGCGAGCUUGGAGAAGCUCUAGGCCUUCACAGAUAUGUUCAGAAUGCACUUGCAGAAAGAGUGGCCAAUAUUGUGGACCGCAAGUUAUUAUUAAAGGACGAGGAUGGAGAAGCAAACACCUCAAAUCCUGAUAGAAGAGUAGAUAUAACAAUUGCUUGCAUCACUUCAAUUCUGAAUAUUGGAGUUUCAUGUUCAACGGAAAUUCCCACAGAUCGCAUGCAAAUUGGAGAUGCUUUGAAAGAGUUGCUAACACUAAGAGACAAGUUUCAGACGCGCCUUUCCAGUAUACAAGCGGCAAGUCAUUGAAGCAUUAAAAGCUCUCAUGGAUAUGAAUCUAUCUAUUAUCUUGAAGGUACAAUUCAGUUGAGGAACUGCAGGCCCCCGAGCUCCAGCUCCGCUAUGGUCACCAUAGCGGUGUGCAACAACGCUGAUAGCGGCACAUGGAAGGUGGAGAUAGGGAAUGACUGUGCAAUACAUCGGGGGUGGCUGACCGAGGGCGAGCCCAGCAGCUGGCCCACCAUAGGGCCCAUGCGGCCUGGAGGGGACCCGACAAGAGGAAGGAGCCUGGAGGCCUGGAUAGAGCUCGACAACCAUCUUGGGGUACACAACCCAAGAUAGCGGCAGCUAGAGGUCGGUUGGAUUCUUGUGUAAACACAUAACUACGUGGUAAUGUUUUUUUUUUCGGGUGAACUACGUGGUAAUGUUGAGGCAAGGACAAUAUUGACUGACUUGGUGAAAGGCGAUGGUAGAAUACCGACGAAGCCGUCCCUGCCAUCGUCGGCAGGAAUCACCCAACUUGAAGAAUCUGCAUUUUUCCCGACAUUUCCACUCAUUAAUAGAAAAUGCUAAAAUGCAACGCAUUUUUUUCUACAACAGUUUUCUUCAGGGUUUUUUUUCAACACGUGUAUGCCUUUUUUCAAUACACAUUGUUCAUAUUGGUACAGAUGUGGAAUGCUUUAUUGAUAGA